ACUAUAAUAAUAGCUGUAAAAACAAAUUAUGGUUUCGAGAAGAAAAUAACAAUUUUCUUUUUCCGUGGUUUGAUUGGUGGGGGUCAUGUUUCGCGGCAAGUAAAAUUCGACAGAUUAAAAAGAGAAGGCUACUUGCAGUUUGUGGUGGUCUCAAUCUCAAAUUUGAUUCUCGUGUCUCUAGGGUUUCAAAUUUAAUUUAUUCAUCGUUGUCUCAGCACUCUCGACGAAUUACAAUGCGUUAAAUUUGUGUUCGGCAAUUAGUCAUCUAUGUCACUGUCAAAAAUUCAGCAUAGCGUUUUCUUCCUGAAUCAGAUAUUUGUUUAUUGAAAGGUGAGAUUUCUCUCUAAGUAGGGAAGCUCAACUCUGCAUUCAGUGUCAAAAAGGUAUCAACCUAUUAUGGGUGCACCAAAGCAGAAGUGGACAUCAGAAGAAGAAGCUGCCCUUAAAGCAGGUGUUGCUAAGUAUGGGGUUGGCAAGUGGAGCACCAUAAUCAAAGAUCCAGAAUUUUCUGAUAUUCUGCGUUCUCGUUCAAAUGUGGACCUAAAGGAUAAAUGGAGAAAUCUACAUGUUAUGGCAUGUGGGUGGGGUUCUAGGCAGCCAGGGAGGAUUGGGUAUAAAAGCAUUCAGCCAACAGUGAAGCAUGUCGAUAAUGCCUUGGAAAUUAGCACUGUGGUUGAGAAUGGUAUAGAAGUUCUUGAUGCCAGCCCUCUUGCAUCAUCCAAUGAAAAGCUGGAGGAUGUUGGGUCUAAGGAGCCAAUUUCAAGAUUGGAUGAUCUUAUCUUGGAGGUGAUAGCAGGAUUGAAGGAACCACGUGGGUGUAGUCGAACAACAAUUUCUUCAUACCUCGAGGAACACUUCAUGGCACCUCCAGAUUUUGAAAAGCUGUUAGUGGCAAAUUUGAAGGCGCUGGUUGAAAAUGGAAGACUGAUAAAGGUGAAGCAUCAGUACAGGAUUGCACCGAGUAGAGUAUCAUCUUGUGUCGGGGGAAACGAUUUCCCAUUGUUUCUGGAGGGGAAGCAGAAGGAUUCCCCAAAGCUUAAUAACAAUGGAGUUAGAAUCCUUACAAAAGCACAAAUUGAUGCAGAACUAGCCCAAAUGAUGAGCUUGAGUGCAGAGGAGAUUGCUGCAGCUGCUGCACAAGCCGUUGCAGACGCAGAAGCUGAUAUUGCUGAGGCAGAAAGGGCAGCUAGAGAUGCGGAGGAGGCUGAAGCAGAGGCAGAAGCGGCACAAUGCUUUGCUGAAGCAGCAUUGAAGGCAUUGAAUCCACGAACCCUCCGUGUUUGAUGGUAUUAUUUGGAUUGCCACAGCUAUGGUCUUCAUCUUCCAGCUUAAAUGUCAAUGUGUUGUAGAUAUGUGUGAAGAUUUGUAAAUGUGGAGAAUUGUGUCCAUUGGCAGUGAUCUAAAUAUAUUAUUGAGGUUACAACAAAAUUUACAGGCAAAACAUGGUGCUGAUAUUUUUGUUGAGUUGCAGUACAUAUACCCUCUUUUGUAGCUUGUUUUUGGGUGUAAAGUACUGCACAAAGAAAGUUCGUUGAGUUGCCAUGGAACCCCCCCCCCCCCCCCCCCCAAAUGAUGUUUCUGAUGAUCCUGAGCGUAUAAAAUAAUUUCUAGUCCUGAUCAUGUGAUUAGACUACAUCGAUUUUACUGGAAUAUACUUUUCAGUUUAAACUAGUUUAUGUUGCUACAAAUUAUUGAAACCUUUUCAUUUGUCAUGUUAAA